AUGGUGGUGUCUGGUUGCUUACAAGGGUCGAGGGAGUUGGGGGUUAGACAGUCAGGUGAGGGUACAAGGGUGCAGCACACAGAGGAGACAGGUGAUAAUGCAGUUUCUCACAACAGGUCCCAUGAACCAUCUGACUACCGGAUCCUGCUCGGGUACCAUCGGCUCCAACAUCCCACUGAGCAUAGCCGGCAGAUGACAGUGUAUCGACUCAUUGUUCACAAUGAAUUUAACAAACACUACUUCAUGGGCAGUGACAUCGCCCUGUUGCAACUGCAUCUGUCUGUGAACUUUACAUCCCACAUUCUUCCUGCCUGCCUCCCAGGGCCAACCACGAAGCUACCCCUUCACAGCAGCUGCUGGAUAACAGGCUGGGGAAUGAUCACUGAGGGUGAUUUCCUGGCUCCACCAUUCCAGCUGCAAGAAGGAGAAGUUGGCAUUAUUGACAGUGAGGUCUGUAAAAUGUAUUUCCAAUUGCCAGACUCCAGCAGCAGUGAAUAUUCUAUACACGAGGAUAUGUUUUGUGCUGGGGACCUCAUGACAGGAAAGUCCAUCUGCCAAGGAGAUUCUGGGGGCCCCCUGGUCUGCAAGCUGAACAGUAGUACUUGGUUUCUGAUGGGACUGUCUAGCUGGAGCCAGGCCUGCCACUACCCCAUAAGUCCCAGCGUCUUCACCAGGAUCACCUACUUCUCCAACUGGAUCAGUGAGAAGCAGAGCACCUCGCCCAAUCCCCAUCCUUCAUUGGCUCCUCCUCAGGAAAAACCUCCUAUUUUGAGUGACUUCACUUCUCUGGGCAUGGUCCACAAGCCCACCACCUACAUAACCCUUGUGUCUUCACAGACCUUCCUUCUGCUGCUGAUUUCCCUAAGGACACUGUGA